AGGAGAGUUGGGGUGAGGAGGUUUGGGGUGGGAGCGAGGUAACCGUGGCCCAGUCUUGCCCAGAGGUCGCCCUAGUUUGGGAGGACGCGAACUGGGUCUAGACCUACCGAAGCCUUGCCCCGGCACCUGCUUUCUCCGAGCCCCCCGCGCGUCCCCGCAGCAUCAGCGCAAGUUGUGCGCAGCGCCCGGGAGUGGAGGCGGCCAAGAGACCCUCGGAAACUGGGGGAGGGGGCGGGCCCGGGGGCGCUGGGGGCCCUCGGUCCGCGCCCGGCAGCCGCCUGCUCUGCCGAACCUCCUACCCCGCCCCCACUCACCCGGCUCAGCCCCUAGGAGAGACGCGCAGGAAGCGUGUUGCUUCGCCCAGCCGAUCGGCAGAAGUUGAGAGGAGUUGGUGGCUGCCUCCAGCCGGCCGGACUUUGCGAGCAGCCGGGAGAGGAGCCGCCGCGCUGCCGCCACCGCCGCGGAGCCUUCGGGGCUGCUUUCCUCCAGCUCAGCCCGCAGCGCGGGUGGAGAGGGGCGGGAGGGGGUCGGGGGACGCCAGAAGAACUUGAAACUGUGUGAAGGAAUCUGAAGCAGAUGAGAAGGGAGGAAAAUAAAACAAAGUGGAGACUGCAGAAAAGACUCAACCGUGGUUGAUUGUAUCGGCUGACGCUCCAGCAGAGGGGCUGGGUUGGAUUUUUUUCUCCCAUUCUCUCGCUCUCUCUUUUAAAGCUACACCAGCUCUCUCUCUUUCUCUACUAUCUCUAUCACCAAACCCUUGCUGGCUCUUAUGGGCAUGAAACACUCCUCCCGCUGCCUGCUCCUAAGGAGGAAAAUGGCGGAGAACGCUGCUGAGAACACCGAGGUGAGCAGUCCCCCCUCCCACCCCCCUCAGCCUGUCGCCCCACCCAAGCCUGUGCAAUGUGUCCACCAUGUGUCCACUCAACCCAGCUGCCCAGGGCGAGGCAAGAUGUCCAAGCUGCUGAACCCAGAGGAGAUGACCUCGAGAGAUUAUUACUUCGACUCCUACGCCCACUUUGGAAUCCAUGAGGAAAUGCUGAAGGAUGAGGUGCGAACGCUCACUUAUCGGAACUCCAUGUACCACAACAAGCACGUGUUCAAGGACAAAGUGGUGCUGGACGUUGGGAGUGGUACUGGAAUCCUUUCCAUGUUUGCUGCCAAAGCAGGGGCCAAGAAAGUGUUUGGGAUCGAAUGCUCCAGCAUCUCUGACUACUCAGAGAAGAUCAUUAAGGCCAACCACUUGGACAACAUCAUCACCAUAUUUAAGGGUAAAGUGGAAGAGGUGGAGCUGCCUGUGGAGAAGGUAGACAUCAUCAUCAGCGAGUGGAUGGGCUACUGUCUGUUCUAUGAGUCGAUGCUCAACACAGUGAUCUUUGCCAGGGACAAGUGGCUGAAACCUGGAGGGCUUAUGUUUCCAGACCGGGCAGCUUUGUACGUGGUAGCCAUUGAAGACAGACAGUACAAGGACUUCAAAAUCCACUGGUGGGAGAAUGUCUAUGGCUUUGACAUGACCUGUAUCCGGGACGUUGCCAUGAAGGAGCCCCUGGUGGAUAUCGUGGAUCCAAAGCAAGUGGUGACCAAUGCCUGUUUAAUAAAGGAGGUGGACAUUUACACAGUGAAGACGGAAGAGCUGUCGUUCACAUCUGCGUUCUGCCUGCAGAUACAGCGCAAUGACUAUGUGCACGCCCUGGUCACCUACUUCAAUAUUGAAUUUACCAAGUGCCACAAGAAGAUGGGGUUUUCUACAGCCCCUGAUGCCCCCUACACCCACUGGAAGCAGACUGUCUUCUACUUGGAAGACUACCUCACUGUCCGGAGGGGGGAAGAAAUCUACGGGACCAUAUCCAUGAAGCCAAAUGCCAAAAACGUGCGGGACCUCGAUUUCACAGUAGACUUGGAUUUUAAGGGACAGCUGUGUGAAACAUCUGUAUCUAAUGACUACAAAAUGCGUUAGCACACGUGGGAAGCUGCAGAGAGCGAGCGAGAAAAGGAACUCUCACCUCGAUCUGCCGCGCCGUCCCAAAGAAUACCGUUUGUAGGACUACACACUUGAAAACUAGAGUUUCCGACUCUGCCUUGAAGAUUGGUGGACUCGCCAGGGCCCCCAUAGGCCCCGCCACUGGACAGAGGGCCUCCAGCUACUCCGCUGCCCCUGGGAGCCCUUCACGAAGGCUUUGUUGUCGCCAACAAAGAGCAACCUUGCGAGCUGUGGCUGGGACCCCGAGGAUGGAAAAGCACCCGUGUCUCCCCGUCGUCCUCCCUAACUGUGACUCUCUGGAUCUUCCAAGUUUUGCAUGCUGCAGGCGUCUAGGACAGAUCGCUUCCACUAGAACCUGGAGACAUAGUGUCUUUGAUAGCAUAAGCCAGAUUACCUGUCUGUGCAGUGGUGUGUGCGUGCGUGUGCGUGCGGGCAGCAUAGAUAUUAGUUUAUUCACUCACAAACGCCUGUAUAUGCAUGCAUAUACAACCGAGUGGGUGCACCUGCGUGUUCACUCAGAGGGGUGCGUGCGUGUGCGCGCGUGCGUGUGUGCGCGUGCGUGUGUGCGUAGAAUACAUAUUACUCUCAGAGGAGAUUCUGUUGCUUUCGAAUAGGAAUCUGUUUGUGAUUAGUUCGCCCCUUCCCCCUCCCUUACCAGAUGUUAAGCAGCUAUGAAGCAUCCUCUGUACUAGCUCUGGUCUUCUUUUGACUAGACCGUGGCUCUGAAACCUGAGCACAGCACCACAGACUCCGUGGGCACUCAAUAAACACACAUGAGAACAAA